UCAUCACAAAGGUUUCUGAAGCCGAUAAUCUGAGUUCUUGGUUAAUUUGUUUGUCCUAAGUUUUGGAUAUAUAAAGAGGUGCCUUUGUUGUUGAAUGUUAAAUCUCGUCACUGUCCAGGCUUCGCUUUCUCCCGCGAAAUUCCGCAGCUCCGUCGUCCAGAUCGCCGGAAAAUCCUGCACUCUACGAAGAUGAGUAGCUUGGUUGAGAGGCUUCGGGUAAGAUCAGAUCGCCGACCAGUUUACAAUCUUGAUGAGUCAGAUGAUGAUGAUCUUUUACCUAAAAAACCUGGAACAGUUCUGGAAAAUAUGGAGAGGAUAGUCAGAAGUGAUGCGAAAGAGGAUUCAUGUCAAGCCUGUGGAGAAAGUGGAAAUCUUCUGAGCUGUGAAACUUGCACGUAUGCUUAUCAUUCCAAGUGUUUACUUCCACCAUUUAAAGGUCCUCUUCCAGACAACUGGAGGUGCCCUGAAUGUGUUAGCCCACUUAAUGAUAUUGAUAAGUUACUUGAUUGUGAGAUGCGCCCUACUGUAGCUGAUGACAGUGAUGCCACAAAAUUGGGGUCAAAACAAACUUUUGUUAAACAAUACCUUGUUAAGUGGAAGGGGCUAUCAUAUUUGCACUGCACAUGGGUUCCAGAGAAAGAGUUUCUCAAAGCUUUUAAGAACCAUCCUCGUCUAAAGACCAAAGUGAACAACUUCCAUCGUCAAAUGGCAUCUGUCAAUACUUCUGAUGAAGACUUUGUUGCCAUUCGUCCUGAAUGGACUACAGUUGAUCGGAUAAUUGCUAGCAGGGGUGGUGAUGAUGAAGAAAGGGAAUAUUUUGUGAAGUGGAAAGAGCUUCCAUAUGAUGAAUGCUAUUGGGAAUAUGAGUCAGAUAUUUCUGCAUUUCAGCCAGAAAUAGAAAAAUUCCAUAGAUUACGGUCUAGAUCCAGCAAACUUUCUUCCGGUAAGCAAAAAAGCAAUUUUAAGGAUGAUGGGGAGUUGACAAAACAGCAGAAAGAAUUUCAACAGUAUGAAAAUAGCCCCGAGUUUCUUUCAGGAGGUACUCUGCAUCCAUAUCAGCUUGAAGGGUUGAACUUCUUACGAUUUUCUUGGUCCAAGCAAACUCAUGUUAUACUCGCUGAUGAAAUGGGACUUGGUAAAACCAUACAAAGUAUUGCUUUCUUAGCAUCCCUUUAUAAAGAGGGUAUCUCACCACAUCUGGUGGUUGCUCCACUGUCAACAUUGCGAAACUGGGAACGGGAAUUUGCAACAUGGGCCCCUCAAAUGAAUGUCGUUAUGUAUGUUGGGUCUGCCCAAGCCCGUACUGUUAUAAGAGAGUACGAAUUUUACUUUCCAAAAAAGCAGAAGAAGAUCAAGAAAAAGAAAUCUGGUCAAAUAGUUAGUGAAAGCAAGCAAGAUAGGAUUAAGUUUGAUGUCCUUUUGACAUCAUAUGAGAUGAUCAACCUUGACACAACAUCGUUGAAACCGAUAAAAUGGGAAUCCAUGAUAGUUGAUGAAGGGCAUCGUCUAAAAAAUAAGGAUUCAAAAUUAUUUUCUUCAUUGACGCAAUAUUCUAGCAGGCAUCGUGUGCUCUUGACUGGGACUCCACUUCAGAAUAACUUGGAUGAACUUUUUAUGCUUAUGCACUUCCUUGAUGCUGGGAAGUUUGGAAGUUUAGAGGAGUUCCAGGAAGAAUUUAAGGACAUCAAUCAAGAGGAACAGAUUUCAAGGCUUCAUAAAAUGUUGGCCCCACAUCUUCUGCGAAGAGUGAAGAAAGAUGUCAUGAAGGAACUACCACCCAAAAAGGAACUUAUCCUACGUGUUGAAUUGAGCAGCAAACAGAAAGAAUAUUAUAAGGCAAUUUUGACUCGCAAUUAUCAGUUAUUAACUCGUCGUGGUGGUGCACAGAUUUCUCUUAUUAAUGUUGUUAUGGAACUGCGCAAGCUCUGUUGUCAUCCUUUCAUGUUAGAAGGAGUUGAACCAGAUAUUGACGAUCCAAAAGAAUUCCACAAACAGCUGCUGGAAUCGUCAGGGAAAUUGCAAUUGCUGGACAAGAUGAUGGUAAAGCUUAAAGAGCAAGGGCAUAGAGUCCUCAUAUAUACCCAAUUUCAGCACAUGCUGGACUUGCUUGAAGAUUACUGUUCUUACAAGAAAUGGCUGUAUGAAAGGAUAGAUGGCAAGGUUGGUGGAGCUGAAAGACAAAUACGGAUAGAUCGUUUUAAUGCCAAAAAUUCUUCAAGAUUUUGCUUUCUUCUUUCUACUAGAGCUGGGGGAUUGGGGAUAAACCUCGCAACUGCUGACACAGUUAUUAUAUAUGAUAGUGAUUGGAAUCCUCAUGCUGAUUUACAAGCUAUGGCCAGAGCUCAUCGACUUGGACAGACUAACAAGGUGUUGAUUUAUAGGCUUAUAACACGAGGAACAAUUGAAGAAAGGAUGAUGGAGAUGACUAAGAAGAAAAUGGUGUUGGAACACCUUGUUGUAGGGAGGCUUAAGGCUCAAAAUAUUAAUCAGGAAGAGUUGGAUGACAUCAUAAGGUAUGGCUCGAAGGAAUUAUUUGCAGAAGAGAAUGAUGAAGCAGUAAAAUCUCGCCAGAUCCAUUAUGAUGCAGCAGCUAUCGAUAGGUUGCUGGAUCGUGACCAAGUUGGAGAUGAAGAAACUACUCUGGAUGAUGAAGAUGAAAAUGGAUUUCUGAAGGCCUUUAAGGUUGCAAAUUUUGAGUAUGUUGAUGAAGCUGAGGCUGCAGCAGAGGCAGCACAAAAGAAAGCCAUGGAGACUGUAAACAACAGCUCAGAUAGAACACAUUUCUGGGAGGAGUUGUUAGGAGACAAAUAUCAAGAGCAUAAAGUCGAGGAGUUUAAUACCUUGGGGAAAGGGAAGCGGAACCGCAAGCUGAUGGUUUCUGUUGAGGACGACGACCUUGCUGGUCUAGAAGAUGUAAGCUCUGAUGGUGAAGAUGACAAUUAUGAAGCAGAGCUUAGUGAUGGUGAAACAAAUUCUAUUGGGGGCGGGGCUCCUAUUGCUAGAAAGCCUUAUAAAAAAAAAGCUCGUACAGCGGAUAGCACAGAACCACUUCCUCUGAUGGAAGGUGAAGGAAAAGCGUUCAGAGUACUAGGUUUUAAUCAAAAUCAGAGAGCUGCGUUUGUGCAAAUUUUAAUGAGGUUUGGAGUUGGUGAUUUUGAUUGGAAGGAGUUCACUUCCCGCAUGAAACAGAAGACUUAUGAAGAGAUUAAAGAUUACGGAACCCUUUUCUUGUCUCAUAUUGCUGAAGAUAUAACUGAUUCCCUUACAUUCACAGAUGGUGUUCCAAAAGAAGGACUCCGAAUUCAAGAUGUGCUUGUUAGGAUUGCAGUUCUUCUCUUGAUAAGGGACAAAGUGAGGUUUGCAUCAGAACAUCCUCAAACUCCACUGUUUUCGGAUGACAUAUUAUCACGCUAUUCAGGACUGAAGGGUGCAAAGAUAUGGAAGGAAGAGCAUGAUUUAGUUCUACUGCGUGCUGUGUUGAAACAUGGGUAUGGAAGGUGGCAAGCUAUUGUUGAUGAUAAGGAUCUGAAGAUUCAGGAGCUCAUCUGUCAGGAGUUGAAUCUUCCCACGAUAAAUUUGCCAUUACCAGGACAAGUUGGCUCUCAGGCACAAAAUGGUGCAAAUUUGACAAGUGCAGAAGUACCUGCCAAUCAAUCCAGGGAAAAUGGUGGGAGUGACAUAACAGCUGAUGUUGCACAGGGUUCGGGUGAUGCUAAGAACCAACCACAGUUAUAUCAAGACUCUUCCAUAUUAUAUCAUUUUAGAGACAUGCAGAGAAGACAGGUUGAGUUUGUAAAAAAGAGGGUUCUUCUCUUGGAAAAAGGACUCAAUGCUGAGUACCAGAAAGAAUACUUUGGUGGUCCAAAAGCAAAUGAAGUAACAAAUGAACAACUUAAAAGUGAACCCAAGGCUGCAAAUUUUCCGAGUUAUAAAUCAAGGGACAUGGAUACCCAAAUGAUUGAUCAACUGCCACAAGUAGAAAAAAUAGCUUUAGAAGAUAUUUCAGGUGCUUGUGAUAAUGAUCCAAAUCGCAUGGAAUUAGUUCGACUUUACAAUGAGAUGUGCAAGGUAGUGCUGGAAAAUCCCAUGGAUUUAGGUCAAACAUCCUUGGCGAGACAAUCAGUAGAUGCCAAUGCGGUGAAGAAUUUCCAACCACUAGAAAGCAUUUGUGAAGAUAUCAACAGAAUUCUUGCACCCACAGAAGACCAGCCAAUUGCAGAAACGCCAUUAUUGAAUUCAGAUAACAAACCAGUGACCAUAUCACCACCAGCCCCUCAAGGAGACUGCAAACCUGAUUCUUCAGCAGACGGCGAGAGUAAGGAUAUGGUAGUAGAAUCUGAACCUAAAAAAGAAAGCUGUUCAAGCCUGGUGGAUGAGAAGAAUGAAAAUCCAAGUCUUCCGGAGAAAAAGGAAAGUGAUACAGAAAUGAAAGAGGGUUUUGAUGCUGGAUUCGUUGUAGUGGAUGAUUAGGUGCAAUAUAUAUACUAGACAGAUAUUUGUUGUACUGUGUAUGAUGAUAGUGAUCUCAAUCAACAUUUUUUAACUCAUUGAAAGUGAAGUAGAUUAAAAAGCAAAAGGCACUAUAGCAUUUGUAGUAGUUAAAUUCCUUACAAACUAGUCCGUGGGGAACUUUUGUUCAUUUUUAUGAGUUACGAGGAUGAGGUCUUUACUUUGGAAGAUUAUGAUCAAUUGUAUAAUUUACUGUA